AUGAGCAAGAAAAACAAUUUUAACAAUAAAAAAAAUUAAGGUGGAUACAAUAGCAGCAAAGGAAAAUCUGGUAAUGAAACAGAUUUUCUGUAUAGGGAAGAAGGGGAUGAUACUCCUUUUAUGAGUUUUACUUUUGAAGAUUUUCCUAACUUUGAAAUAGAUAAUGAAGAUGAUAUUGAAUUACUUUUUAUUCUAAAGAGAAUUUGUGCUUCAUAUAAGUAUGUUCUAACAUUAGAUUUCAGAAGUUUUUGGAGUACUUUGAAGCAUAACUUAUUAUUGAGAAGAAGCAUUAAUUCAUUUUUGCAAUACGCGACAAAGAGAAGAUUCAAUGAAUAUUAUAGAAAAGGACAUGAAAGAAAAGAUAUUGAAAAUAGUGAAAGUGAGGUCAAAAUUAUUUUAAAAGAAAUAACAAGGUUAGUCUUGGCCAUAAUUUAUAGGAUUGUCAGUUGUGAAGAAGAAAAUUUGUAAAAAGCCACAGAAUUUGGCUGCAGCAAGAUUAUUCUUGAUGAAUGGCUUAUAGAUAUCCCAAAGAUGAUUGAUUUAAUAGCUAUUUAUGGAGAAAAAAAUGGGAAAAUUGUCAGAGAAAUUAUUAAAAAAAGUUUUGAAAUGCAAAAAGAAUUCAAAGCAGAUUUUGAAGACAUGUAAGAUAAAAUUUUAAAAGAGUAUUUAGAUCAAUUUUACAAGGAAAUGCUUCUUUUAAAGAAGAAAGAUAAACUAGGUUCAGCAAGCUAUGAGAUUGUUGAUUCCGAUAUUGAGAGAAAAGUAGAACUUCUAUGCUCAAUUUUAGACACUAUCUCUUCUAUUAUUGACAUUUUAAAUUUCUUUCCAACCUUUGAAGUUGAGAGCAUUUACUAAGAUGAGAAGAUCAAUAUCAUGCUUGAAAAUAUCUUAUAUGAACUGAUAUUUGCUCGUGAAGAGGCUUGGGUUAUGGGAAAAUAUAGAGGAGACAUUAUCUUGUUGAUAGAUGCUGUGCUAGAGAGAAUAGUUUAGUUUUUCAUCAUGUUUUUCGAGUUUAUGAUUAAAGUAUUUGGAGACAAGAACUUAAUAAAGCAAAAUAUUGGAAAAAAGAUUACUUCUAUGUGGAACAAAUACAUUAAAGACCUAGGUAAAGUAUAAAGCUUCGGUAAAAAAUAAGGGGAAAAUCGUUACUGGUAUUUGAUAGAAUACGUUAGUGAUAAAGUAGACUUCAACAAACUCUUUGAAGUUGCUCCUGCAGAUAAUUCUGAAGCCUAUCAACUUUUCUAAAUACAAGUUUUAUCAGUUGUUGAUGAGAGAAAAAGAAAUAUCAUAGCAUAUGAAGAGAAAAAGAAAGAAUUUGAAUAAAAAGGAGACUAUGAAAAGUAGCAAUAGCAAGUGAUAGAAGAAAUACCUGAUAUUAAAUUCGUUGAAACUAUAGUAAAAGAAGACAUCAUCAAGUAAGAAGAAAAGCAAAGAAGAGCAGAAGAAUUCCAAAAGAAAAAAGAAGAAGAAGAAAGAUUGCUUAAAGAGUAACAAGAAAAAGAAGAAGAAAUUAAGAGAUUAGAGGAAAAGCAAGAAUAACUUACCAUGUAUUAGAAAGGGGCACAAAAAGUUAACUUAAAAAUGACAGAAGAACAAAAAAAAAAUUAUAUACAGAAAUCUCUGUGGUUAGCUAUGGAGUAUGAUGAUGAACCAGAUGAUAGUUAUAAUUGCUUUUAGCCAGUUGUAUAGGGAGGAAAUAAUAAUACAGAUGGCGAAGAAGAGGAUGGAGAAGCUGAAAGUGAAGAAGAAGACGAAAAUGGAAUCAAAAGAAAAAAAGUAGUAGAAGAAGGUUACGAUGAUGGUAGAAGAGUAAACAGAAGCAACUAAGGAUAUCAACCAAAGAAAAAGCCAGCUCACCCAAAUAAAACUAAUCAUUAUGAAGCUAAGUAAAAAUAUAAAUCAUAGUAUUAUUAGAAGUAAGGCAACAAUCAAGAUAACUAUUAAAGAUAGUAAUAUAACAACAAACCUGACAACAGUUAAUAAAAUUAAGCAGAAAAUACCAACAGCAACAAUAACAAUAACAACAAUAAUUCUAAUCAAUAUCAAAGAAAAAAUAAUUAUUAAAAUAGCAACAACAAUAGUUCAUAAAAUAAUAAUAAUUAUAAUAAUAACUAUAAUCAGAAUCAAUAAAAAGGAGGUUAUUUUAAAAAGAAAUAAAGAAACGAAGAAGGUUAUAGCGGCAGUGAAGAUGAUUCUGCACCCUAAUAAUCAUACCAAUAAUCUAGAAACUAAUAAUAUCGUAAUAACAAUAAUAAAGAUGGAAAUUAUAAUAAGGAAGGAGGAUACAAAAGUAAAAAAGAUGGAGGAUAACCUUAAAAAAAUAUACUUAAAAAAAAGUAAUUCGAUUGA